UAACACUUAGUAAAUCUAGUUUCAUGGUUACUUUUUCUCAUGUUGCAGAAGUCUUUGCAGUCAGAAACAGGAACAACUGAGCAAUCCUCACAGAUAACUGCUGGAUUGGAGCAUGGUAAUGAACUACAUAGGGAACUAGAAGCCUUGAGGAUCCAAAUACAGUCACAGUCUUCGGACAUCUCUAAACUUCAGUCUGAGAAACAGGAGCUGCUACAACAAAUGGGCCUGUUCAGAACCAAGCCCUACUGCUGGGGAAAAGCACAGAAUACAGCUUCGGUUCCUGCUCUGGGGGACAGCAGUGCUGUAAUAGCAGCAAAGAACAGUGAAUUAGAGGGCAGAUUGUUGCAAGAGAUAAAAGAAUUGAAGAAUGAAGUUAAAGCGCUUUCUGAGGAAAAAGCAUGGCUAAAGCAGUGUCUUGACUCAGUCAGCAGUACAGUUGCUGUCUUGCAAAAUGAGAAGAGCAAACUCCAACAAGAAGUUGCAGAAUCUAAAAAAGAACAGGACGACCUCCUGGUGCUUCUCGCUGAUCAGGAUCAGAAAAUAUUAGCACUAAAGAAUAAGCUCAAGGAACUUGGGGAACCGGUGGAAGAUGAGGAUGAUAUUGAAUCUGGAGACCAAGGUGAUGAAGAUGAAGAAGAGGAUGGGGAAGAGGAAGACUAAUAGUGCUUUAGUGUCAGCAUGAGAACAUUAGAGGUUGCAUUAUAAUACAAAAUUAAACUAAUGCUGUUGACCUACAAAGUAAAACAUCCACUUAUGGAAGCAAAUGGGAAAAUAAUGUUCUGAUUUUCUGAAGUGAAGUGUUUGGAAGCCAUCAUAGGUGAAACAAAAAUCAGUGUUAAGUUAAACAAAAGCAUCCCAACUUCUAACCGUUUAGAAGCCGCUUUAGACACUGUUUAAAGCAUGAGGGUGGCAAUGUUACUGCCUUAGUUCAUUGUCGUUUACAGAAGUUCUGUGCAUUUGUCUGUCAUUUUAAUGUUUCGUUGGAACUCUAAGGUGAUCAAAUACAUAUGUAUUUGGUUUAACAUCUGUUGAAUGGAAUCAUUGCUUCUACAUUCAGCAUUGAGCUAAUCAGAAUUCAUAGGUUCCUUUAAAAUAAGUGGUUAUGUUGGGGUGGGGGGGCUAGGUGAGUUGGGAAUUGUACACACCCAGCAGCUUCUGGUUCAAGUAUACUAAAACAAAUGGAACUGAACAGUGUCCCGUGCCUUGACACCUGAAAUGGCUGCACCGCAGUCUGUACCUCAGCGAAGAAACCCAAGGAAACUGCACCAUUAUGCUAACAAUGAGGAGGGAGUGGCAUAGAAACUUGGAGCGGUAUGGUAGCAUUUCUAAGCUGAACUUCUCCAUAUUUUUAAAAAAAAAACCCAAACACCGCUCAUCCGAAAGAUUAAAUGUGCUACCAGAUCAUCAUAAAUGAUUUCCUUAUAUUCUUGAGUAAAGAAAUGAAAAUACAACUGAUCUAUGUAAUUUAUUGGCUCUUGUGCAGAGUAGAUAAGAGAAUAGAUUUUAAAAGAGCAAAAUUAAUACACAAUGCGUAAAUUUCAUGUUUUGGUAAUAAAAAUAGAUAUGUCCAUUUAGUUUUCAUUCA